AUGUCAUCCGCUGUCAUUCCCACACUACCCUUAAGCACUGGUCUAUCACCGGGUUACAAGCACUACACGCCACAAUAUAACCUCGAAGAUCUCGUACAUGAUAUUAAAGCCCAUCUCGGAGAAAGUGGCGGCAUAUCCUCGGCAGACGUGGAUAACGAAUACCUAAUCUCCCUGGCAAAGAAGUAUAUCUCAGACCCGAACGACUGGGCUCGAUACUUCUACAACGACCGCAGCAAAGCCUACACCCGCAAUGCAAUUGAAAAUAUUAACCAAAAGGCAAAUAUCCUCCUUCUCGUCUGGAACCCCGGGAAAGGCUCCCCAAUUCACGACCAUGCCAAUGCUCAUUGCAUCAUGAAGAUCUUAGCUGGGACACUGCAAGAAACUGUCUAUGAUAUUCCUGACCAGGGUGCAGAUUACCCCGGUCCUCUGGAAAUCAAGUCUGAUUCGAGGCAUACGAUGAACGAUGUCGCUUAUAUCUCUGAUGAUAUUGGCUUGCAUCGGGUUUAUAACCCGAGUAGUGACCAAGUCGCUGUUUCUCUUCAUUUGUACACACCUCCCAAUGCUGCUGACUACGGGUACAACAUCUACAAUGAGAAGACGGGCAAGGCGAGCUUCGUGCCCCAGGCUCAUGCUGUUCCACAGAAAGAAUGA